UCUGGCAUUGUGCAAGGGUCUUAAACUGGAGGUUUGUUCCUUUUCGAAGAACUUCUGCAUGGCUAGGCGACAAUUUCCUGAAAAGUGAAGGGGAUAAUGUUGAUGCCAAGAAAAAUCUCUACACAAUAUUUUUUAAAGGAUGGCGUCUUUCAAAAAAUUAAAUUAUAAAGCGUUAACCAGGACGGGAGUAGAAUUGACAGAAGAUAAUAUAUAUUGGAAGAAGUACACGUCUCCAGUUUUGGUGAAAGAAUUUGGUGCAAUUGACUACAUUGAUUUCUCACCAGUUGAACCAUAUAAUUUCGCAGUCACAUGCUCAGUACGAUUGCAAGUGUACAAUCCCAUCACAAAGUUAGUCACAAAAACUUUUAGUAAAUUCAAAGAGGCUGCGUAUGGAGGUUGCUUUCGCAAAGAUGGAAAACUACUAUGUGUUGGUGGGGAGGAAGCAGUUGUCAGACUUUUUAAUGUCAAUUCUAACAAUAUGCUGCGCCUCUUCUCAGGACACAGCGCUGCUGUACACAGAACUUUUUUCACAGCUGAUGAUGUUCACAUUGCUUCAUUCUCAGAUGACAAAACUGUGAGAUUAUGGGAUAUACCCAGUGAGAAGCAAGUAACAAGUUAUAAUGAUCAUACAGAGUAUAUCAGAGCUGGUGCAACUAAUCCUGUAUCUACUGAUAUAAUAUUGUCUGGUGGUUAUGAUAAAUACAUACACAUGUAUGAUACCAGAACAAAUAAGAAGGCAUUCAGUGUAAAUAAUGAUGCACCUGUGGAAAGUUUACUAUUCCUGCCAACUGGAGGGAUAUUCCUUGCUGCUGGAGGGACAGAUAUCAAAGUAUACGACGCUUUUAUGCGUGGCAGAUUACUUGCAAAAAUCACGCAACAUCACAAAACGGUGACAUGCCUAAAAGUAACUUCCAACGGUGAUAGGAUAUUGUCCGGUUCAUUGGAUAAGCAUGUGAAAAUUUACGACGCCGGAACAUACAACACUCUUCACACUUUAGAUUAUCCCAACGCGGUUCUCAGCAUAGGAAUCAGCGCGAACAAUCAUACCAUCGUAGCUGGUAUGGUGGAUGGUUUGAUAUCUGUCAGAAAACGCGAGGAGGACGCGGAAGACAAAGUGAAGAUGAAUCAUAAGAAACGCUUGUCCCACAAAUGUGUGAGUGAAGCUCUUCCUCCGUCGAAUACCACCAAGCAACAAAACUGCCGGGAUAUCCUGGCUAAGUACGAUGUUUGCUUACGGAAGUUCGAAUACAGCAAGGCGCUUGACUGUGUCAUGGUUAACUAUGUGAGCAACAAACAUCCACACGUAACCGUAGCGCUUAUGCAGGAAUUAAUCAGACGACAAGGUCUGGAGCGAGCCUUGGCUGGCAGGGACAACAAAUCUUUGGUGAACAUUAUCAAGUUCCUGAAUAAGCACAUAGGCAACAUUCACUUUGGUCCAACAUUGAUAGAGGUGACCGACCUCUUGCUGGAUGUGUAUGAGGAUCAUCUGGAUGAGCUCGGGGAAGAGCCACGUAAGAUGUUCACUAUAAUGGCGCAGAAGUUGCAAGAGGAGAUACAGCUGAUGAUGUCAUUGGCGCAACUACAGGGUGCAGUAGAGGCGAUUCUAUCCGCGGCCGAACUCACAACUUCGACCGCUGAAACCGCAUCUUCGAGCGGCACGAAAAAUAACCAGAGUAUGGAACCGUCAGAUGCUGCGCAAACGGAGCGCGAUCUUGUUCUGAGUAUAACAUAAAAAAGAUUCAAACAAAACUAAUCAAUGUUCCUUGUAAAUAAAUUUCUUUGUAAAUUUUUAUUCCUAUCUCGUCGUAAAUUUUAUAAAUCUUCUUGUAAAAAAAUGUACAUAAAUUUCGCGUUACGUGAAUGUAUCGUAUGUGUCUCUCAGAUAAGUGUUAUAAAAAUAAAAAAAAGUUUUUUUUUAA